AUGGCCGGCCACGAUACACCCCCGGUUCCUCUCCACCCGGGCGGACAGGACGACUACGGCGCCUUCGCCGAACCAACCCGAGCAACUCCGUCGUCCUCCAAGAAGAAGACACGACGCGCCGCCGACCCCGCCAACCAGAAGCGGCGAUGCGUCAGCACGGCUUGUAUCGCCUGCCGGAAGAGAAAGUCCAAAUGCGAUGGCGCCGUCCCCAGCUGCGCGGCCUGUGCCAGCGUCUACGGCACCGAGUGUGUUUACGACCCGAACUCGGACCACCGCAGGAAGGGUGUGUACCGCGAAAAGACAGAUAGCAUGAAAGCCCGGAACUCGACUCUCCAGGUGCUGAUCGAGGCCAUUCUGAACGCCUCCGAGGACGACGUGCCAGCGAUAGUAAAAAAGAUACGCACAUGCGACAGCCUCGACGCCGUAGCAGAAUCCAUACUCAGAAACGAGGUCGACGGCGGGGACUCUGACGGAGUGGACGGCGGCACCGACGAUGAAUAUGCCGCAAACCAGCCGGUGGAGGGCGAGAGGGAGCUUGCGCGAAAGAUGGGGGAGCUUCGUCUUGAGAAUGGCUCUGUUCGCUAUAUCGGCGGCACGUCACAUUUGAUUUAUCUAGGCGACCAGUCGGACGAUCUCGAUGAGCCGGAAUCCGAUGGCUACCUCUCAAUUGAAGAGCCAACGACCAGCUGGACCGAAGUCACCAAGGACACGCAAUUGAUCAUCCACUUGAUCAAUCUGUACUUCAACUGGCACUACCCCUACUUUGCCACCCUCUCCAAAUCCCUAUUUUACAGGGACUUCCUCAAAGGCAAACCACAAGGGCAGCCCAGGACGACUGUGUAUUGCACGCCGUUGCUUGUCAAUGUUAUCCUGGCCCUCGGUUGUCACUUCACCAGCGCCACCGGCGCCUUUGCUGUUCCGGGGGACAGUAGGACCAAGGGCGACCACUUCUUUAAUGAGGCGAAGCGCUUAAUCGUUGAGAAUGACGAGUAUGCGAAGCCCAAGCUCGCCACGGUGCAAGCGCUGGCGCUCAUGUCGGUUCGCGAGGCCGGGUGCGGGCGAGAGGCCAAUGGGUGGGUGUACAGCGGCAUGAGUUUCCGAAUGGCACAGGAUAUUGGGCUGAACCUCAACCUCGGGGGGACGGCAAAGGAUAAGGGUUCGCUCGACGAGCAAGAAGUGGACGCGCGCAGGAUCACGUUCUGGGGCUGCUUCCUCUUCGACAAAUGCUGGUCCAACUAUCUCGGCCGGUUACCGCAGAUCCCCAAGAACACUUACAAUGUCCCCAAAUACGACGUAUUCCCCGACGAAGAUGCAAACUUGUGGUCGCCGUACACGGAGAACGGAUUCGACCAGUCAUCGAAGCAACCUUCCCGGACGCGGGCGGUCGGGCUGCAUUUGAGUCAGCUCUGCGAGAUCAGCAGCGAUCUGCUGCUCUUCUUUUACCACCCCAACCAUAUCGGGCGGUCAACCGGCAGAAACAUCGAGGUCAAGAAGCUCAGCGAGCUCCACCGCCGGCUAGAGGAGUGGAAAAAGGAACUGCCGAACGAAUUCGAACCAAAGGAUGGCCAGCUACCGCACGUCAUUCUUAUGCACAUGUUUUUCCAUCUGCAGUACAUCCACCUCUUCAAAGCGUUCCUCAAGUACACCCCAGCGACAUCGCCAUUGCCGUCACACGUCUCGCCGUGGCGGAUGUGCGGUGCCAACGCUGGGGCUAUCUCCAAGCUCAUGCGCCUGUACAAAAAGCUGUAUGACCUCAGGCAGAUCUGCAACAUUGCCGUGUAUAUGGUGCAGACUGCUUGUACGAUACAUAUCCUGCACCUGCCAGAGAAGACGGCCAAGCGGGACAUUAUCCACGGGGUGAAGCAUUUAGAGGAGAUAUCUGAGGAUUGGCUGUGCGCGAGGAGGGCACUGAGCACCUUGAGCGUGCUUGCGCGGAAGUGGAAGGUCGAGCUGCCCGAAGAGGCUGCGCUUGUGCUGCAGCGGGCCGAUGAGAAGUACGGGACCGUCAGCAUCUCCGAUGUUCCUUCACCCAACGGGUCGGGGCCUUCUACACGGUCGCCGCGAUCCCACCCGGACACCAUCGCACAGUCGCCGACGACCAACGGCCAAGAACAGUACACGCCGCCGAAUCAGUACAGCAACCCGGAAUCCCAAGCGAUGGCUCUUGACGUUCCCGCAAGCAUGCCCACCGGCAUGAUGAACAACAUGGCCGGCGUCGGGAUGCCCACAAACUUGCCGAACAUGCAGAACCGAGACCCGCGGCAGACGGCGCAACCGCUCGUGGCCACAUCCAUGUCCAUGGGCGAUCCGCUGUCGAACAUCAGCUCGUGGGCCGUCUCGCCGGGGACGCGGACCAUGCCCAGUUACACGCAGGCCUUUGCGCCCAUCCACGCGCACGCCACAAUAGGCCAGUCGCCGGCCUCUCGCUCCGGGGGCCGCCAAGUGUCGCCCAGCUCUCUGUACGCCAUCGACGGGCAAGACUGGUACCUGAAGGACGGUGUGAAUUGGCAACAGAAUUUCCAGACAUGGGGGCUCGGCGCUGGCGCCAGUCAGCCCCCAGCCCCGAACGACCGCAACAGGAACCCAGGGAUCAAUGAUCCGUCCAUGUUUGUGUUUCGGGGGGUCAAUAUGAACGAAAUGGACACAGGGGGAUUUGACUCGCUCGGGAUGGACAGCCUGGACCACCUGUCCGGGUUAGAUUAG